AUGAAAAGUCAAAUUAACGAAGUAAAAUUAAUAUAUAGAACAUUAAGUGAUCAAUUUUUUGUUAUACAUAAGCCUGUAAAUUGGACGUUGAAAAAAAAGAAAAAAGAAAAAAGUUGUCCUAAUAGUAGUAAUGAAUAUAUAAAAGAUAUAUAUGACAAAAAUAUAAAUCUUGACAAGAAUAAAAUAACGAUAAAUAAUAAUGAUAAUAAUAUAGAAUAUAUUGAUUAUAAAAGUACCCUGCAAAAUUUAAGCAACGCAGAAAAAAAUGCAUAUUUCUAUACAAACUCUUCUUUAUUUAUGUAUAAUAAUUUUAAUACAAAUACACAUGAUGAACUAGUCGAAAAAUAUUAUGUUGAAUCUAUGUUUCAGGUUGAUCAAAAUAAAGAUGAUAUAUAUUAUCCAUAUAAACUACCUAUAUAUAUGAGUGGUCUUGUUAUAUGUUGUAAGGACUUUAGUAUUUAUAAAACGUUUGUUAAAAUGAUAAAUCAAAAUAAACUUAUACGCAAAUAUAGAUGUUUAAUAAAUAAUCCUUUUGUUUUUGUAAAAAAUGAAAUGGAUAACUCAAUUAUUAAUAAUAAUAAUAAUAAUUGUGAGGUUAAAAAAAAAAAGUACACAUAUGAAAAAGGAAAUUAUUAUAAUAAUAUUAAUAAAGAAAUAUAUAAUCAAACAAGUAACACAUAUUUAUUAAAUAAAGAUUCUCUAUAUGCUCAAAAGAAUAUAAGUGAUUUAUUUCCAUUUCAUAAUUUUUUUGAUAAUAAUUCCUAUUCAUCAACCUACUGGAAUUAUUUAACAGAAUUAAAAUUAAAUGAGUUAAAUGAUAUAGAAAAAGGGAAAAAAAAAACUAUAUAUAAUAAUAAUCAUAAUAAUAUUAAAAAUUAUAAAUAUCAAAGUAAUAAAUUAACCGAUCGCAAGUUUAAAUAUUUAAAUGAUCACAGAAAAAGAGAAGAGAUUAAAAGAGAAUAUUUCAUAUCUACUCUUUUUAAAAAAAGUGAACCCAUCAAAUGUCUUAACCAUUUUUAUAAUACAUUUUUUAAAAAUAAUAAUAAGGAAAAUAUAUUAAAUCUUAAAACUAAUACACAAAUAAAACAAAGAGAUAAUAAAAUAAUUAAUAAUAAUGAAAACUUAUUAGAUGAAUUAACACAUAAAAUUAUAUUACACAAUUCAAAGGAUAUGUUAAAAAAUAAUAAAAUUACAUAUCCUUUAAAUAUUUUAUUCAAUGAAGGGAGUUUUUUCUUUUUUCAUGAUACUAUAGAUAAAUAUUCAUUUCCAUUUUCAAUUAUUUAUAAUAUUGUAAAUUAUAAACAUUAUUUGGAAAAUAAAAAAUCACAAUAUUUUAAAAAUGAUAUAAAUAUAAAUAAUUAUCUUGAAACAUUUAAGGAUAUUUAUUUAGUUGACUUUAUUCUCUUAGAUAAUCCCAAACCAGAUCUCAUUCGAUUUUUUUUUAGUGAAAUAAAUACACCCAUAAUAAAUGACAAUAUUUUUCAGAUAAAUGUAUUUAAAAAAGAUAUUAUUAAUGAUCAAAUUUUAAAAAAUGAACAAAUAAAUAAUAGCACAAAUAACAAUAUUUCAAGUAUUUUUCAUGAUCACAAUGUAGAAAAUAAUCAUCAUAGCGUAGACAAUAAUGAUUGUAAUGUAAUAUACAAUGAAAAUACAAUUAUAAUAAAUAAUCACAUAAAUAAAAAAAAAGAACACUCGUCUUUACAAACACAUAAUCUACCUUUUGAUACUUUUACCAUACCAGGUUAUGAUAAUAAUCCAAAUAAUGUAAACACAAAAAAUGAAAUAAAAGUUAAUUGCAAUAAUUAUUUUAUAUACCAAGAGAAUAAUCAAAAUGAACAUUUACAAAAUGGUAUAAAUAAUAAUAUAUAUAAUAAUAAAAAAAAUAAUAAUAAUAAUAAUAAUUUAUGCUUAGAAUUAUAUCAUUUACAAUUUUUUGAUCCAAUUAAUAAAGAUUAUAUUAAAAUAGAAAAUUCAUUGUCUAAUUCAUGGCUAUAA